AUGGUGACACCAACGCGCGGUGGUUUUUAUAUUUUGUUCCACAGCCAGUGGAAAGGUGAAGUCAAAGAGGGCCUACCAGACUGGACGCCGGAGGAGAAGACGCACCUGGGUGAGGAACUAAGCGAUGUCCUGGUUUACCUCGUUCGUCUUGCCGACCGUUGUCAGGUGGACCUGCCAGCCGCAGUGCUUCGCAAAGUGGAGCUCAACAGACAGAAGUACCCCGCAUCAAAGGUGUACGGCAAGAGCGACAAGUACACUGCCUAUAGCAAUGCCGACAGUUAAGAUUUUAUAGAUUUUCUUGUUCGUUUCUUAUGGACUUGUGCGAUUGUUUAUUGCUACUACUGAAAUAAAGGUAUCUGUGUGUAACAA